UCGCAAUUAAUAGUGUCCGGAUAAGCAUUCCACAGUAAUCACUUGAAUUACUCUGCGACGACUACGCAGUGCGACGGCACGACCAUUUUGAAACGAAACCUCAUGCACCAACGCAAGUCGGCGGCUGCAACGCCACCCGCCGCGGCAGCAGCGUCGGAACAGUCCAAGCACUCCAAGCCAUUCACGUAUGACUUUGGCGGUCCGAUUGGAUCGUUCGUCAUCAUGUGCAUCUUGCCAGUCGUGGUCGUAUUCCUCUUUGCUGGGUGCAAUGCGUCGUACUGCAUUGACAACCGAUUUGACUUUGGGGAGCUGUACAUCCAAGUCACGACGACGUUGUCGUGGAGCGAUCUUGUCGACGCGAAGGCCAUUGCGGUUGUGUUUGGAUGGUUUGGGUUGCAAGUGCUGCUGGAACGGUUGGUACCGGGUGAGUUUCACAACGGAGUGGUGCUGCCGACCAAGGACCGACUGGUGUACAAAGUGAACGGCCACACGUGCUUCUGGCUGUCCAUGGCCAUCGUCGCCAUUGGCCAUCUUCAAGGCGUUGCGCCCUUGACGUACGCGUACGACCACUACCUCCACCUGGCCGUCGGCGCCAUCCUCCUCUCCUUCUUGAUCAGCGUGUUCGUGUACGUCGUAUCCUUCCGCCGCCCUGACGUCCUAUGUGCCGAGCAGGGCACGUCGCCGUCCGCCGUGUUCAACUUUUUCAUCGGCCGCGAACUCAACUUUCGCACGCAAUCCACUGGCACGUUUGACUUGAAGUACUUUUGCGAGCUCCGACCCGGUCUGAUUGGCUGGGCAGUGCUCAACCUGGGCAUGCUGGCCAAACAGCUCGAGCUCCACGGAACGGUGUCGCAUUCCAUGGCGUGCGUCGUGUUUUUUCAACUCCUGUACGUCUGGGACGCGUUGUGGCACGAAAAGUGCGUGCUCACAACCAUGGAUAUCACGACCGACGGGUUUGGCUACAUGCUGGCGUUCGGAGACCUUACGUGGGUGCCGUUCACGUACUCGUUGCAGGCGCGGUACCUUGUGGACCGAGACCCGCAAUUGAGCGUUCCUGUGAUUGCCGCCAUUGUCGCGCUCAAUAUGUUGGGGUACGCCAUCUUUCGCGGGGCAAACGCCCAAAAGGACGCGUUCCGAACAGACCCCCACGGCGACAGUGUCAAGCACUUGAAGUGGAUGCCCACGAAGCGCGGGACCAAGCUGCUCGUGUCGGGAUGGUGGGGCUUGGCGCGCAAGAUCAACUACACGGGCGACUGGUGCAUGGGGCUGGUAACUAUAUAUAUAUAUAUAUAUCAUGUGGUGUCACCCAAAAAUUGAAUAACGUCAUGAAUAUUAUUUUUGUGCUGAUUCACCAAAUCCAUAUCAGUCGAGUUUUUGUGCGGAAUGUUGUACGUACGAUAUGUGUGCUCACACUAUGGAUAGUCUCACACUAUUUCGAUGGAUGUUCCAGGAGUGUAUUUGAUUGGCUAAUUGACAUCGUUUUCUAGCUUUUGAUUGGUCGGUCGAUUGUCUGUGUCGAUUUGUAUAACGUUUGAUAUAUAUAUAUUUGUAGGCGUGGUGUGCGUACACUGGCAGCGCAAGCAUCAUGCCGUACUACUACGCCAUCUACUUUGCCAUUCUGCUCGUGCAUCGCGCGGUCCGUGAUGACACGAGUUGCCGCGAAAAGUACGGCGACGACUGGACCACGUACAAGACGCAUGUCCAGGCAGUAUUUGUACCUGGCGUGAUUUAAUAGCCUUUACUAGUACUACUAAUCAACUAUUCUACGA